AUGACAGUCCGGUCUAUCCGUCGACUGCCGCAACCUGAGCAGCACAAUGUGGGAUUGCUGGACGGCGCACGUGGGUUGCCGUGGGCGUUAACAGCCGCAACACGUGCCAAAAUCAAAACGGAAACAAGCCAGGUUGUGCCAAUGCUACCCCCAACUGCCCCGUCCAACGGAAACAGCGAUGACGACAGCAAUGCGAGUGAUAGCGACCCAAGUGCAAAUUCAACAUCGGAAACGAGCCCAGGCGAUGACAACGACGACCACGCGAUCGCGAUCAUGCCCAGCCAAGAGUUGAACAUGCGAUUGGCAGCUGAAAACGUUCCAGUCCCCAGUUCCGUCGUACCAACUCCAACGACACCGAUGUUGACCCCCCAAGGGAUGACGCCGCCCGAGUCCGUAAGUCCACCCGGCAUGACACCGCCAGUCACUCCGGUUGAAAUCCCGUUGAGUGAUGGCGGAAGCCAACAUGAGCAGAUUGAGGGCGAACCAACCGCAUCUCCCAUCGCCGUGCCGUUACCCAAACGUGAAAUAGGUGACGAACCAAGUUCCCCAACGAAGGUCCCACGGGUGGAAGUCCCUGAGACCCGGGCGCCCACACAAGGUGCUGGUGGAAGUGAGUCCCCGACCAAAAUCCAAAGGAUUGGGACAAUCACAGCCGCACUUGGAAAAAUCGAGGACUGGGCGCGCAGUGGCGCUUGGGAGAACAAGAUUGCAUCCGUAUUGGUUCUAUUGGACACCCAACUCGGCCCAAAAGAAGUCGAAAAGGCAAGGGAAGUGCAAAUGGCAACUUUGGUUGAAAAAGAGUUUGCCGUUCCAAGGCUCAAACGCGAAAUGUCCCGCAAAUCGAAACUGUUCCAUUACAAAUGGGUGGAUGAAAUCAAAAGAGGCGCGUACCGCAGCAGGUUCACAUCUGCGGACAUAAAGCGCAAGUACACGCGAGAAGAACUCGAGGAGGAAACCAACACCUUCGCACCAACACCGUACGAAGAAUCCCACGUUUUGCUCGAACUGAAGUGUUUGCAAGAGGGUUGGCACACAAGGUCAGGUGACGUCAGGUGCGCAUACCUGUUGGGACGGGAUUCCGGCGACUCUGCAGGGAACCCUGUUCACAUCCGAAUGGCCCCGGAAUACCAGCCACAUUUUCAAGCAUGGCUACACCAGCAAUCGCCUGAAGUGCAAGCAAAGUUCGAAGGAGUAGAUUUGAACAAGGAGGUUGUGCUGGAGUUAGUUGGUAACCUGUAUGGACGCCGACCGGCUGGAAACAACUACCGCAAAGAGUUCGAACAAGUAGUUACGGAGAAAAUGGCCUCGAAAGGCUAUCAGUUCCAAAGGGGCAAGCGCGACCCAACUGUGUACACCUGUGCCAAAACCGGUGCAACCAUUCUCCACCAUGUUGAUGAUCUGCGUGUAGGAGCCGCAGACGUUGAUCUGCAGUUUCUGUUGUCCAAGCAAGGUCUAGGCGAAUUCCUGGACAUGAAGGACAAACACCGAGACAACAUCCUCACACUCCUCGACCUCUGGCACGCCAAGCCGUCGAAGGUUGCAGGAAAGAAAAUCACCCGAACUGAAGACAACACAAAGCCUGUAGAUGAACACCGAGCCGUGCUGCACCCAAAAUGUGUAGGAAACGCAAUCUACCUCAGCAUCGAUCGGAGGGACAUCCGUUUCGAAGUAAAGGAAUUAGCUCGACACAUGCGGGAUCCUCGUGAAGUAGAUUGGGACAAUCUCCUGACCCUAGGACGUUAUCUCCUUCACAAACCGGCCCUCGCAAGAGUUGUCACGUGGAAUCCCGAAAGUAGAGCCUCCGGCAUCUUGACCCCCGGCCUCCCCGCUACCUCUUCUGGCGAAGCCGAGGCACGAGCUUUGAGCCGAGGGGCGCGGGAUAUCAUGUUCAUCAAACAGCUUGGUGAAGAGGAUUUUGGUUUAAAAAUGGCCGUACCGCGUGUUUGGACAGAUGCCAGCACCGCAUUGCAAACAGCAAAGCGUUUGGGCGCAGGCUCCCGGAUGCGUCCCAUCGAUGUAGCUGCGCUGUACGUCCAAGAGUUGGUGUACCAAAAACAGUUGAAAGUCGGCAAGGUAGCUGGGACAGCAAACCCGUCCAAUUGUCUCACAAAGCAUUUGGAUGCCAAAUUGAAGGGUGAAUGCCUUGAAGAUUUAGGCAUGGUAGAUAUCAGUAGCUCAGACUGGCAGCCGCUGAUUGAAGCCGCUGAACAAAUUGAACUCGUAGCAGCCUUGUUGUCCCAACGCCCAAAAACGAAAGCGAACACACCGUGGAAACCAAAUUUCGCAAUCGCCGCUGAUGCGCUCCAAAUUUGCAUCUUACAAUCGUUGGCCGGAGUGUCCACAGCAAAACCCCAGGUUACGCUUCACUCAGGCAUUGCCUUGGAGUGA